UGGAGUAGGGCAGGAAAACGUAAACAUCGUCAAAUGGAGCACGAGGUCGUUAUUCCUGGAGAGGAUGCGUCGUCGGAAAAAAUAAAAUGUAGUCCGCCUCUCAAACCCUCGGUCAAUACGGCCAUUAAAUGCCUGAAAUGUGACAAGGUGUACAUAUUCCCUGCGGACAAAGACGACUGCCUGGCGCACUUAUAUCUGGAGCACCGCCUGGUUAUUGCCGAUGUCGAGGAGAUAGCACUACUGGAAGAUUAUCUGCAACACUGGGAAAAGGAGUUCCACGACCACGAAUUUGAACAAUAUUGCACAACAAUGUUUCUGGAUCAACUGCCCGAUGGGAAAUAUGCCAAGAACGAAAAGUACUAUUUGUUAUGUGAUAUCCUGCCCCAGGACUACGAACUGCGAAGAAAAUUAAAGGAGAAGCGACUGAGUGAAGCCCUCAAGCGUCAUCAAUUCGAGCUUACAGACAGAAAUUUCUCUAAGGAGUGCCUCUUCUGCAGGACCACUAUUAAGGGAUUGAGGGCAGACUACUUGGACCAUCUAUUUGACAAACACUUCCUGCUGGUGGGAAAGCCCGAGAAGCUAGUGUACGUGGAUGAGCUUCUGGAUCACCUGGAGGAGAACCUGAACCGCUUAGUAUGUCUCUACUGCGAGAAAAUUUUUAGAGAUCGACCCACGCUUAAGGAGCACAUGCGGAAGAAAGGUCACAAGCGAAUCAACCCAAACAGAAGGGAGUAUGACAAGUAUUUCCUCAUAAACUACAAUCGUGGACCAACGGCUCCCACUCCUCGAAAGCAGCACCACCAAAAGCGAAGACAGGAGACUGCUUCAGUGUCUACAGUGGCUGAUCUCGAAACCGGCAGCGUUGACUUUGACAAGCACUUUGCCCGCCCGGAUUCAGAUGGGGAACACGAUUCGGAUUGGUCGGAUUGGGCGGCAGAUGGAGAGCCGAGUGCCGUUCAGUGCCUGUAUUGUACCAAUCUUGGGGAGAGUUUCGCCGCCCUAAAGGAGCAUAUGCAAAAUGUCCAUCGUUUGGAUUUUGACAAGGCCACCAGCUCCCUGAACUUCUACCAACGGGUAAAGGUUGUUAACUAUCUGCGCCGGCAAAUGUGCAUGCUGCGUUGCGUGACUUGUGACCUGCAGUUUGACGAGCAGGAGUUGCUUGUGGAGCACAUGGCCCAGGAGUUGCAUUGUGGUAUUGGAGACAAGGUUAACUGGGAUAAGCCAGAGUUUUUCUUUCCCUACAUGGAGAACGAUGGACUAUUGUGUGUGCUGGAUGAUUCUGCGGGCGAUGAUCCGGAAGCCGAUGUGGUACCCAUUAUCUCCGAGGAUAGUCUCGCGCAGAUCAACAAGGAUGCGGAGCGCUUGUCCCUUGAGAAUUUUAAGCUGUAAUGUGUUGAAAAGAUUUAGUUUUAAAGAAAACUAAACAC